AAUUUGAAUGACAUGUUUAUUUGUUGCUCGAUGGAUAUCUCUAGUUCGCACUGCAACAAGGAUUUUGUUAUUUUAAUUUAUUAAAUUCCAUUUUAUUCGUUCAAGUUUUGAACAUAAGUGUUCGAUCGUAGGAAGUGAUAUCAAUUUAUAAUACUGGAAUAUUUAAAAUAAGGAUUAGAAUCACAUUAAAUUUGUAUGACAUUUUGUUGCCGUCCUCGUAUUUAACUCGUGCAAAUGGAUGAUACAGUGACUUCGCCAAGCAACAAAAUGGCAGAUUCAGCUUCUGAAAGUGAUUCCAGCUCACUGGAUGGCGGAGCUAUGUUGCCUCCAAGUACUGUCUCCCGUGAUCAACUACAGAAAAGAAUCGAAUCAUUGCAGCAGCAAAAUAGGGUGUUGAAGGUAGAAUUGGACACUUAUAAACUUCGUGUAAAAGCUCUUCAAGAAGAGAAUCGUGCCUUGAGACAAGCUUCUGUUUCAAUUCAAGCAAAGGCUGAACAAGAAGAGGAGUAUAUUUCAAAUACAUUGUUGAAAAAAAUUCAAGCAUUAAAAAAGGAGAAGGAAACAUUGGCCCAUCAUUAUGAGCGUGAAGAAGAAUGUCUUACAAAUGACUUGUCCAGGAAACUUAAUCAGCUACGUCAAGAGAAGUGUCGUCUAGAACAAACUCUUGAACAGGAGCAAGAAUGUUUGGUCAACAAAUUGAUGAGGAAAAUAGAAAAACUUGAGGCUGAGACACUUGCAAAGCAAACCAACUUGGAGAGGCUGCGUAGGGAAAAGGUUGAAUUAGAGAACACAUUAGAGCAGGAACAAGAGGCUCUAGUGAAUAGGCUUUGGAAGCGAAUGGACAAACUGGAAGCUGAGAAACGCUCACUGCAAAUAAGAUUGGACCAACCAGUGUCCGAUCCUGCCAGUCCUAGGGACAUCAGUAAUGGUGAUACAGCAUCUAAUUUAAGCAAUCACAUCCAGACACUUCGUUCUGAGGUUGUUAAAUUAAGGAAUCAGCUGGCAGUCUCUCAGAAUGAAAAUAAGGAGAAAAUGCAUCGUUUUGCGUUGGAGGAGAAGCAUAUUAGGGAAGAGAACUUGCGCCUGCAGAGAAAACUGCAGCAGGAGGUGGAACGCCGCGAGGCUCUGUGUCGACACCUCUCCGAGAGCGAGUCCUCGUUAGAGAUGGAAGAAGAAAGGCAGUUCAAUGAAGCUCUGAGCGCCCGAUCACGGAGCGUGUCGUCGCCAGGCGGGUCGCGGCCGCUGUCUCCGUACGCGUCGCCGCUCCUGCCGAACGCUUUGGGCCUGCAAAUGCCGCGACCAUCUCUGCAUCUCAAUUCGCAGGGCUGGCGCGCAGGCGACAGGUUCGUGAAGCCGGCGCUGCCCGCGAGCGGCGCGCUGGGCCCGCGCGCGCUCGACGCCGCCGCGCUGCCGCCGCCCGCGCCCCUCGCGCCCGCCGCGCCCGCGCCACCCGCCGCGCCCGCGCCCGCGCCCGCUCCGCCUUCGCCCUCGCUGCUGCAGCCCGCCAGCCCCAUGGACACCUCGUCCAAGGACUAAGCGCUGCCCGCCCGCGCCCGACCCGUCGGCGGCAGCUGUGAGUAGCGGCAGCGAGGCGGGCCGGCGCCGGCGCCCACGCUACCGCGCGCCAUGAGAAUAAAUAAUAACUGCGCAGACUGCAUGUUCCACCAUUCGCGUUCGGUCGUAUCAUUGAGCCCAGCCGGUGAACGCUAGCGGCAUCAUCGUUGUUGAAUUCCGUAAUGAAUGCAUUUUUGUCAAGUUUACAUCAAAAUUUCCAGUUAGAUUCGAUUACGCCCUGAGUGUCUAAUUUAUAUUGUAAACUGCAUUUAUAUGCGACUUUCAUUUUAUGCAAACUGUUGGAAAUGGAUAUAAAAUAUAAUUUCUUGGUUUAGCAUUAUAUAUGUAGUAGUUAACGGAUGAUAUAUGAUGGUACAAUAUUUAGCAGCUUAUUGAAAGUUCUGGAAGUUAUUAUCUAAUCUCACUUCUGUUACGUGCACAUCGCUCACUGCCCCGUCGAUUCCGCAUGCUCCUAAGACAAUGCUCAUAUCAGCGGUACUGCCUCAUCCAUUUAUUGACAUUAGCUGCAAGCCUAACAUAUUCUAUUUCGCAUAAGAUAUAUAUGGAUAAGCCGGAUAGAUACAUUAAUCAAUUAGAGAUGAGAACAAAAUUGUAUUUGAAUCAGAUUAACACCACACUCGCACUGCAUUCGGCCCUGCCAGCCAUCCCAAUUAGUACUAAUUUUAGACAGAUAAUUACUACCUACGCCAUAAAUAUAAACAUAAAUUGACCACAAGCUAUUACAGAAUUUAUUGUAAUAAGUGCACUCCACUCAUGAAAUAUCUGAUUAACAUAUAAUUAUUGUUAUUGUAAUAAAUUAGGCGUCAGCGACCGAUGUGAUUAGUGUUCGCCACGACGAUGUAAUUUAAAGUAUUAAUAAUAGUUCAUUACAAAAGUGAUUAUGUUCAGUUGGCACUAGUUUUGGUCAAUUCUAAAAUUAUAGGAAAGUAUUCAUAAAUAAUAACACCCCUCAUAUGAAGCUAUUAUUUAUUUAUUGAAAUUUAAAUUGUGUUAAAAUUAUUAAAAAUAUUGACAGACGAGUCUCGCCAUUGUAGGCACUACAUCAUUGGUUUGCAAAUACUUAAAAUAUGGCGAAUACAGUGAAAUAACCCGCUGACUCUUGAACUUCCUAAUACUGAAUUCAGACGACGUCCAACAACUCAAGUUGUAAUCUCAAGUAGCAGAGACAUCACGCCCUAUUUAUGGGUUCAUCUUUGUCGUCACGUGCACUAGGCACUGCUCAAACCCAGCUGUAAUCGGUAACUAUCAAAUUAUUUAUUGAAGAUUUAAGAGGAGACAAAAAAUAUUAUAUUGGUUCAUUCCACGGAGGAUGCGAACAUUUGUAAUGAUCUAUUAGAAUAGUCAUAGCUAGUUACUGAAUAAAACUUUUUAAAAGUAUAAUAUCCAGGCUUUAAAAUUUGUGGCAGUGGUUUUUUUUUAUUAUAAGGCUGUGUAUUAAAUUACUUGUGAGUAUAGAUAGAUAGAUAUGCGAAGAUUGUGAAUUGUUUGAUUAUAUGUAUGGCUUGUCACUGUUGCUUGCAAAAGUUUAUAAACAAAAAGCAAAGUGGUAUAUCAGGGUCAUUUAAAAUAUAAACCUUGUUCCUCAAAGGAGUGAGCUGUAGUCAGGAGCAUUAUGUAUGAUUAUUCGAAACUGUCCAUUGGAGUUAAUACAUGUACCCAAAUGAUUGUUUAUAUUUAUCUUAUGUAUCGAGCAUUAGGUUUAGAAGUACUUCACGUUGUAUUAAUUUGUAUAUGUACAUUUAUUAUUGAACACAGGUUGUUAAUAAAUAUUUGUAAGCUAUGGUGUGCAAUAACCAUAUAUUUGCGGUCAGUCGUACUACUACUCCUAUGCGAUGUUCAUGUGUAGGGAAAUAUGAUAAUAAUUAUGUUAUGAAUGAUAUAUUGUGCUCUCAAGAGCGGGUUGUUGUGUUCGAUGUACACUAGUAGGAGUAGUUACUACCUUCAGACUCAAAUCAAUUACGCAAGUUUUCACAAACAUUUUUUUCAUGUUAUAUUAAAACGAAAUAAUAUACGCAUUAAUAUUA